GCAAGCGUCCUGAGUAACAUCCGGGCUUGGAUAGGAUGAAUCCUAAAUUACAACAUGGCGACCGAGGGAGGAGGGAAGGAGAUGAACGAAAUCAAAACUCAGUUUACUACCAGGGAAGGUGUUUAUAAAGUGUUAACCCACUCCGAAUACAGCCGGCCGAACAGGGUGCCUUUUAAUUCCCAAGGAUCCAACCCAGUCAAGGUGUCAUUCGUGAAUGUGAACGACCAGUCUGGCAAUGGGGACAGAAUCUGCUUUAAUGUGGGCCGGGAGUUGUACUUUUACAUUUACAAAGGCGUAAGGAAGGCUGCAGAUUUAAGUAAACCUAUAGACAAGCGGAUUUACAAAGGAACACAGCCCACCUGCCAUGAUUUCAACCAUUUGACAGCUACUGCAGAAAGUGUCUCCCUACUUGUGGGCUUCUCUGCAGGACAGGUUCAACUUAUAGACCCUGUAAAGAAAGAGACUAGCAAACUUUUUAACGAAGAAAGGUUAAUAGACAAGUCACGAGUAACCUGUGUUAAAUGGGUGCCUGGUUCAGAAAGCCUGUUUUUAGUGUCUCAUUCCAGUGGCAAUAUGUACUUGUAUAAUGUGGAACAUUCUUGUGGUACCACAGCACCGCAUUAUCAGCCAUUGAAACAAGGAGACAAUUAUGCAGUUCACACUUGUAAAAGCAAAUCUACAAGAAACCCUUUACUCAAAUGGACAGUUGGAGAGGGGGCUCUGAAUGAAUUUGCAUUCUCUCCUGAUGGGAAGUACCUUGCUUGUGUAAGUCAGGAUGGAUUUCUCCGUGUGUUUAACUUUGAUUCAGUGGAGUUACAUGGUACAAUGAAAAGUUACUUUGGAGGACUGCUAUGUGUGUGUUGGAGUCCAGAUGGAAAAUACAUUGUAACAGGUGGAGAGGAUGAUCUGGUGACCGUGUGGUCUUUUAUAGACUGUCGUGUAAUAGCCAGGGGACAUGGACAUAAGUCAUGGGUCAGUGUUGUUGCAUUUGAUCCGUAUACCACUAGUGUAGAAGAAAAUGAUCCUAUGGAGUUCAGUGGGAGUGAUGAGGACUUCCAAGACCAAAUACACUUUGGCAGAGAUCGAGCAAAUAGUACACAAUCUAGGUUGUCAAAAAGGAAUUCUACAGACAGUCGCCCUGUAAGUGUCACGUACAGGUUUGGAUCUGUUGGCCAAGACACACAGCUUUGUUUGUGGGAUUUGACGGAAGAUAUUUUGUUCCCUCACCAACCUCUUUCACGUGCUCGGACACACACAAAUGUGAUGAAUGCCACAAGCCCAUCUGCUGGAAAUGUUGCAACCAGCACUGGAAGCAAUGGCAACAGCAGCAUCACAACAACACCCAGCAACUCUUUACCUCCACCUCUUCCUCGAUCAAAUAGCCUUCCACAUUCAGCAGUUACAAAUGUCAAUAACAAAAGCAGCGUCAUGGAUGGUGCAAUUGCUUCUGGAGUCAGUAAGUUUGCAACCUUAUCACUACACGACCGCAAGGAAAGACACCAUGAGAAGGAUCACAAACGAAAUCACAGCAUGGGCCACAUUUCCAGCAAAAGCAGCGACAAGCUAAACCUAGUCACCAAAACUAAAAUGGACUCCGCUAAGACUCUUGGAACUUCUCUCUGCCCUAGAAUGGAUGAUGUGCCCUUGUUAGAGCCUCUUAUCUGUAAAAAGAUAGCACAUGAAAGACUGACUGUGUUAAUAUUUCUUGAAGACUGUAUAGUCACUGCCUGUCAAGAGGGAUUUAUUUGCACAUGGGCAAGGCCUGGUAAAGUGGGUUUAAUGUCAUCCCAAAACCAAGCCAAUUCGCCGAGCGGAACAGUAGUAUAGCCACCGUGGUACUGCUAGCAAAGCUUCGCCACAGGAUAAGAAGUAAUGACAUUGGAGCCAGGAGCUGGUCUUCAGCCACAGAGCUUUAGAAAUUUUAUUAUAGUGGUGUUUUUGUUCAAAAUUCUGCUGUGAAUUGUGUAGAGCUACCACUGGGGGAACAGUGUCGAGUGUAUGCUGUUGACAUGGGUUUAUCUGUCCAAGUAAAAUGGGAAGGCUGCUAACUCCAAGACUAUUCCUAACUUAUUUCCUUGGUAUUAGCAGCAAAUACUAAAAUCUAUUUUAUCAAAUCUUAACUUUUCAAUUUCUUUUGUUUUCUCAGCUGGUGUACUUUAAUCAUACAUAUAGUGAAAAAUGAUUAAAACAGUCUAUCUGCAGUGCAUUAAAUGGCCCUGUGAACAAGUAUCUCACUGUGUAUUUUGCACUGAUUUUUGUUUUGCUUCCUUUGUUUUUAAAAUGAAACUAGUUGGAAGGCAGCUUGGAAUGCACUCACUGGAAUUGAGUCAUUACUUUCUGGCUUGAAUUUGUGAUUCAAGAGGUGGAUGUUGCAAUCAUAGAUUUAUAUUAAGAAAAAGUUGCACUUAAUAGUUUAAUGUAAGUAGGAAAUAAAAUAGGAUGUGCAAAACCUCCCAGUACAGGUAUGUGCAGACAAAAAAGGAAUUUCUUCUGUAUCUAUUAAACAUGUAUUUUAAUAUUGUUUCAAAUUGAACCAACUGUAUUAUAAAUAUAAAUACUGUUCGUCAUGGGGCAAUGAUCAUACACUAGUUGAUGUUUUGUCUUCUAAUGAACGUGGUUUCUAAUUCAGAAAAUAGACAUAAAAUCUUGAAUAUAGUUUUUCUGUUUAUUUUAUUUCAGUUGUAAAAAUAGUAAAUUUGGCUGUAAUUAAUCCUUUGUUGAAUUGACUAUUUGGUACAAAAGAAAAUCUUUGUAUUAAAAAUUAAGGUUAUCUCAGCUGUAGAGUUUUCAUAACUAAUGCAUAUUUUAAAUUUCUGAGCUUUGUACUUCUGUGGUUGAUGCAUCGCCAAGGUCCAAAACCUAGCACAUGGAUUUAUUAGAUGCCAAUUAGGAACAAUUGCAUUGAGGAAUUGGUUGAUGCAAUUUUUUUGUGUGGGUUAGAAUUGCCUGGUCAUAACAGACCCUCAUCAAUGUAAAUGAAUUUAGGAUGUGCCAAACAUUUUACAGCUGUCAUGCAAUCUAACCAGGAAUUACUGUGGGUUGGGUCAUAUUAUAUUAUAAAGUUGCUGUACAGAUUAAUGCUGAUUUCUUGAAAGAAUGUAAAAGUACAGAUGAAGCUUGAAUAAAUGAUAUCUUGCA